UUUAACAACAUGUUUAUUUGGGUUCUAAGUCAACGCGUAAAAGGAGAGGGGACGUGACCGGUGAAAGUAACAGCCUGCUAACAAGCUAAUUUAACGUUAAACUCAGAAACAGCGUCAUGGCGGAACGGAAGGACCAAAGUAAAGGUGCCGCUCACGCGUCCACAGACGAUGUAAACGCCUCAAUGUUACAGGAAGCCAUGGCAGAUUUUCUCAAGUCCAAGAUGGUGCGCAUACAAGGAGCUGAUCACUUCAUGCAGAUCUUAUCCACCGGCGUCUUCAAUGAAACUAAGCCUUUCUUCCCCGAAGAAGACCUCUCAUAUUCAGAUGUCAGCGAUUAUGAUGAUGAUGAAGAUGAUUAUUUUCAGCAACAGAAAGCUGCUCACCAGCCUAAAGAGCCUCAUUCACAAACUGCAAAAAGCACUGAUAAGAAGGAUUAUAAAGAUGAGUUGAAAGCAGAAGAAGAGCAAUCCAAGGAGAAAAAGCAGAAGAACAAGCGUAAAAAGAUGCGUCGAAAGGAAAAGAAACAAUCAGAAAAGGAGAAUACAGUAAUUUUACCAGAGGAAGAACUCAGCAAGUCGGACUCCUCUGAAAAUCAGGAAGAAAAUCCUUCUGACAAUAAUACAGAAGCAAAUAAAUCCCCAGAACGUGAUAAAACUCUAAAUGAAACCGAAGCUGCCGGAGAUGAGGAAAGGAGCGUUGUUAAUAAUAGAGAAGAGAAUCUUGCUACAAUUAAUAAGAGAGAAGAAGUAGAACAGGAGGAGGAAAAGGAGUUGGAUUCCAAUAAUUCGUAUGCUGUUAAAUCGUCACCCGAGGAGACAUGUAACCAGAAGCCUUCACAGGAAAUACAGGAAAACCAAUUAGUGGAGGUUCUGCAGCCCGAGGAGGAGAAGCCUAAAGCUGUGGAGGAGGAGCCUAAAAUUGUGGAAGAUCCUGAAGCUCAAAGGGAAAGGAGACAUGAGCCCAAUGAAGAGAACCCCACGGCUACAGCUGCAGAGGAGUAUGCAAACAUAAGCAGAGAUCUGGCUGGUAAAGGGAAUCGUUUGGCAGCUUCCGGAAUGUUUGAGCAUGCGAUUGAAUGCUUUACCGACGCCAUUAAAUUCAACCCACGGGAAUAUAGGUUGUUUGGAAAUCGGUCCCUCUGCUAUGAAAGAAUGCAGCACUUUGAAAAUGCUCUGCGAGACGCUGAUCUGUCGCUCAGCAUGGAACCAAACUGGAUAAAGGGUUUAUUCAGGAAAGGGAAGGCUCUGUGUGGGCUCAAGAGAUACUACGAGGCCUCGCUGGUCUAUGAGGAGGUGCUACAGCUGGACCGCUCCAGUGCUGAAGCCAAGCAAGAGUUAAAACGAGCACAGACGCUGCACCUCAUGGAAAUGGGCUUCGGGUGGACAAAGUGCAACGAGGCCCUGAAAAACCACGCCACGCUGCAGGAAGCUACUGAAGCUCUGUUUGCUGCACACGAUACUUCCCAAGGUGCCGGUGGCAGCAGGGACGAUGCAGACGAACGCGUGCUGCUGGCAGAAGAUGGCCAGGAGUCUAAAGCUGUCCCUCCAGCCAGUCCUUCUCGAGCCCAGCCGGUCAAAGGGCCUUCUCUGACUUCUUCUCCGCUGCAGAGCAGAUCUCAGUCUCACUCGCCGACUCCUCGUCCGAGGAAUCAUGUGAAACCGCAGCUCUACUCCAUCUGGGUCGGCGCCUUGGCUCCGACCGUCACCUACGCUUCACUUCAUGAGCUCUUCAGCAGAGUUGGAGUGAUCUACAGCAUCAAGAUAAUGCUGGAACACGAAUGUGCCUUUGUGAACUACACGAGAAUGGAAGACUGUGAAAGAGCCAUCCAGUGUUUUGAUGGGAUGGUGUUAGAAGGGAUCGUGCUCCAUGUGCGAUAUUCCUUCAAAGGCCAAAGCAGUCUGGGCAAGAAGGAGUGCUUCUUCUGGAGGACCACAGGCUGCACGAGGCAGGACUGCACCUUCAAACACGUCCCUGAGCACAAGAAUGUCGACAUUAAGAAAUUCACCAGUCGACUGGGAUUCAACAACAUGUAGGAAGUCAAACGUGACUCUGGAGGUCAGACUCUGGUGGAGGGGGGGGGCACUGUUCUGGUUUUAGAUUUGGCUUUCGUGACAAUCAGCUGCAGGAAAAGAAAAUGUGUUUGGACAUUUUGUUGCAUCAGCGCGAUGGCCGUCGCUGUUGCGUGAGUCCAAAGAACACAGAAGAGAAUGUGCCUUUUUACUUCAACUCCCCUCAAGCUUUGGGCAUUCCUUUGCAAUUUUAUCAGGGAUGAUUUGUGCUCUUAUCUGCUCUAAGAUUCUGUUCAAUCACUCAGUCUUUUCUUAAUUGCAUUUCUUUAUUUUAAACUCGAGAUAUAAGAUGUUUUUCUGUGGACUUUUAGUCACCACUAGGUGGCAGCAUCACUGUUAUCCCUCAACAAACUGUGCUGCUUUCAUUUUAAAGGCUGUGAUUGAUGAGGAGUUUUGCUUUGGCCCCGUUGAGGAGCUGUGUUUAGUUUUGAAUCUGUUCAUUAACCUGCAGGGCUUCUGUUUGUUUGAUGUGUGCUAUGGGUCAGAUCAGUCGUUAUGUAGAUUAUCUAUAAUCUUUAAAAUGCUCAGACUUGUGGGAGAAUCUUGUCAAGUUGGGAAGAUGAAGCCUCAACACCAAGUUUGUUAAUGUCCACACUUACAAGACCAAACACUUAUAAUUAUAUAAAGUCGGUCUCAAGUCUAAAGACAGAUUCUGAAUCCUUCAGUCCUCGUCGUGCAAAUCUUCCUAAUUUGGGACGUCACCACGAGGUCAGAGGAAGCCUGACUGGAGAGUGAGAACAUUUUUCAUUGUCCCACCCACAAUGCAUUACCAGAACAAUCCCGGCAGCAGCUGAGUAUCCUGUUGCAGUGUCUCUCUGUCAGAAGCCCUUGACAGUUAUGAAGAUUUCAUUUACACAAGGUUCUUCUGAGCCUCACACUCCUCGGCCUCCCUGACGCGGCCUCCAGGCUGUUCACUGUAGACCCGCCUCAGCCCGGCAGGUUUGUUAUUCCAGAUCAGAUCAGGAUCACUCCUAUGACUCCGGUUAUGCAACGUCUGGAGUGUGAAUUACAAAAUAUUCCCUAAGAGCUGAAUAAUCGCCUGAAAAGGAGUUUGCUCUGGAAGGAACAGGUUUUGGCGUUUAGCUGUGAAAAGUGCUCGGUCUGGACCUUCAGGGCCGAGCAGCUGGACUCGUGGGCAUUAAUUGGCCGAUGGUGGCAUACCUCACAAAGCCCUUUUGAUCUGUGUGGGAUCUGAGAGCAUGAAAGGCCUGUAACACUAAUAACAUGAACUCUGCCUGAACCCGCAGGCAGCACUGGGACAUGUGGUUGAUAUAUCACCAACUUGCAAAAAGGGCCUUUUAUUUAAUCUGAUUGGUCGGCCCGGCUCUGCCCCACUAGAAACCUGUUCAAAUGCAGAUAAAGACUGAUAAGAGCUCAGUGUUCACAGACCGGCAGGAACCAACAUCCCGCCACUCUGCGCUCCAAUCCCGGACUUAACCAAAGCAAACACCAGGAAGAUUAAACGUGUCUUGUAAAACGGGGGCCGUCUGGUUUGAAGAGCUUUUAGCGUAUUUCUCUCCCCCUAAAGGAAACAGAGAAACACACAGGGACAGAAAUGAACCAGCUGACACGGCAGGUUGCUCUCCCACUCUUUGCUUUUUUGAUAUAUGGCUAUGCAGCAAAAAAUCCUCCACACUCCCCCUCAAGAGAAGUUUUUCAGCCGGGGUAAUUGAAUGCAUCUCUGUGAGCGCGGGGACACGUAAUCUCAUUUUUAUUCUAAUUUCUGUGGUUCCUCGGCGCUGGUAAAUAAACUGUUGAUGUGACGAGAGGCAGAAGCUGAGUCACGCUGUGUGUCAACAGUCUAAUUCUCUCAGGAAGCCAAAAGAAAAGCUCCACACGUCUUCAACCCAAACCCAGAACGUCCCCAGCAGGGCUGCUGCUGCUUGUCCUCUUUUAGAGGAGGGACACUUCACACUGGACGCACCAGUUUGUUCAUGUUUUAUUCACUACAAACUCUUGGAGGGACAUUGUCCUUGCAUUUUAACAUCUUAUCACUUUUAAGACAUUUUCAGCCAAAGUCUGAGUCGUUUUUUAAAGUGAAUUGAUGAGUCAACGCUUUUCCUUUGAUUUAAAACUUAAAAUGGUGCAAAUCUUUUUUUUAUUCCUUAAUUUCUUUGCAACAAUGUGCUAUUUUUUUUAAUCAGAUUCUGGUGAAAGAACAGUUAUUGUUGGUCUUGAAGACCGUUUGCUGGAUUUCUAAAUGUUCCUAUUUAAAAAACAUGCUUAAGGUUGUUUUGUUUUAUCAUAAAUGUAAGUUAAACUUGGUUUUAAAUGCAAUGUUUACUGAAAUACUGGACUAAACUUCAGGAGAUUAAAGACUUAAACUUGGA